UGACCCACAUGUUGUGAAGAUCAGCGAGCAGAAGUGAGGAAAAGGAAAUGAGCUUUAGUUUGGAUCACUUUUUAUAAGAAAGUGAAACUAGUUCACAUUCUCUGAGAGGUGAAAUGGCACAGCAACAAAACCUCAUGGAUUGUAAAAAGCUCUGCUGUUCCAUCUGUCUGGAUCUACUGAAGGAUCCGGUGACUAUUCCCUGUGGACACAGCUACUGUAUGGACUGUAUUAACAGCCACUGGGAUGAAGAGAAUCACAAACAUGUGUACAGCUGUCCUCAGUGCAGACAGACCUUUGAACCGAGGCCUGUCCUGAUGAAAAGCACCGUGUUGGCAGAGUUAGUGGAGGAAGUGAAGAACAAGAAGACAGACGUCAAAGCGUCUCCAGCUGAUCACUGCUAUGCUGGACCUGGAGAUGUGGGAUGUGAUGUCUGCACUGGGAGAAAACAGAAAGCUCUGAAGUCCUGUCUGCAGUGUCUGGUCUCUUACUGUGAGCAGCACCUCCAGCCUCACUAUGAAUCCCCUGCCUUUGGAAAACACAAGCUGGUCGACCCCUCAAAAAAGCCUCAGGAGAUCAUUUGUACUCGUCAUGGUAAGGAGAAGAAGAUUUUCUGCCGCACAGAUCAGCAGUGUAUCUGCAUGCUCUGCUCCAUGGAUGAACAUAAGGGCCAUGACACCGUCUUAGCCUCAACAGAAAGGACAGAGAAGCAGAAAGAGCUCGGGGUGAGUCGGCAAAACAUCCAGCAGAGAAUCCAGAAGAGAGAGAAAGAUGUGAAGCUGCUUCAGAAGGAGGUGGAGGCCAUCAAUCUCUCCGCUGAUAAAGCAGUGAUUGACAGCGAGAAGAUCUUCACUCAGGUGGUCAGUUUGAGCAAGAGUAGCAGCUCUGAUGUGAGGCAGAAGAUCAAACACCGGCAGAAAAGUCAAGUGAGUCAGGCCAUGAAGAUUCAGGAGAAGCUGAAGAAGGAGAUCAAUGAGCUGAGGAGGAAAGACAUUGAGUUGGAAAAGCUCUCACACACAGGGGAUCACAGCCAGUUCCUACACCAUUACCCCUCACUGUCAUGUCUUGGUGAACCUACAGACUCACCUAGCAUCAAUACCCGCCCUGUGCAGUACUUUGAAGACGUGAGCGGAGCUGUGUCGGAGGUCAGAGAUAAACUACAGGACGUCCUCGCUGAUGCGUGGACUAAGAUCUCACAGCCUGAAGAAGAGGAUGUUUUACUCCUACAGGAAGAGCCCAAGACCAGAGCUGAGUUCUUACGACAUUCCCAGAAAAACACACUGGAUCCAAACACAGCAAACGCACGGCUGUUGUUAUCUGAGGGCAACAGAAAAGCAACAGUAGUGAGUGAAAGACUGUUAUAUCCAAGCCAUCAGGACAGAUUUACGGACAUGUUUCAGGUCUUGAGCAGAGAGAGCCUGAGCGGACGUCAUUACUGGGAGGUGGAGAGGAACGGAUUCGAGGUGUCGGUAGCAGUCACGUACAAGGACAUCAGCAGAACAGGAUAUGAAAGUGGAUUCGGAAAUGAUGACAAGUCUUGGGCUUUGGAGUGUUUUAACAACAGUUAUGGGUUCAGACAUAAAGGUACUAACAUUGUGAUUUCAGGUCCUUGGUCCUCCAGAGUAGGAGUGUACCUGGAUCACAGUGCAGGCGUUCUCUCCUUCUACAGCGUCUCUGAAACCAUGACUCUCCUCCACAGAGUCCACACCACAUUCACUGAGCCGCUCUGUCCUGGGUUUGGUGUGUUUGCCUUCUUCGGUAACGGAUCUGCUGAGUUUUCAAAGCUUGAGUAGAAAGAAGGGGUUUGAUAACAGGUUUUGCAUAUUGAUUUGACCUGACUAUGUAUUAUAAUAGAAUUAGCUUCAGGUACAACAUCUACAUGAAAGGCAGAGCAAAACCAAAUUGCACUUAUUGCAGCACUUUUUUAUAUAAAUUGUUUAAAGUAGCACAGUGAUUGCAGAGCCUUAUUUUUAAUAUAUGUUAACAAUUACACUUUCACUUUUAAUUGAUGUAACAUGUUUGUGAUUAUGUUUUGUAUACACCUGGUUUAUGAUUAUUGCUGUGUACAACUAUAAUGAAAAGCACUUUGCAAAUAAACUUUAUAAUUUCA